UUGGACGUCAAGCAUCAUGGUGCGCCUUACGCCUACGCGCCUGCUGUGCGCGGUGGUAUUCUUAUGUACAUUUAUAGCCUUCUUCUCCAGCUCUUCCUUAUUCUUUGGAAGACGAGGUUUCGAUAUAAUGCUCGAACGGCCACCUCCGUCCCGCUCCCGCCCCUCCGCUCCUAAUGUUCCCUUCGGCGACGAAUGCGCUCCUUUCCUGAGUGGUGCCAUGGACGACGUCACAGUGGUUGUGAAAAUGACUUCCUCCGAUGUUAAGCCACAAUUAAGGAGCUUCCUGGGUCGAUUUGGCCGUUGCAGGGUGGACAUUCUCCUAUUCUCCGACCGCGAGCAGGAGUUCGGCGGCUGGAAGGUCAUUGAUGCCUUGGCCAAUUUGAAACCCGAAUACAGAUACAACAACCCCGAUUUCGAGGUCUAUGAUGAGAUCCAACGGUCGAAUGGGACAUCGGAAAAGGUGAACGAGGGUUGGAGGCUGGACCGUUACAAAUUCCUCCCCAUGAUGGAGCUGACAGCACACAUGCGACCAGAAACCAAUUGGUUCAUUUUCGUAGAGAUGAACUCGUACGUCAAUUGGGAUAACAUGUACCGGUUCCUGGCCAAGUUCAAUCCCGAGACGCCGCAUUAUUUCGGAUCCCCUGUUUGGCCUAAGAAGAGGCCUACCUUCGCACAUGGAGGCAGUGGAUUCGUUGUCUCUCGGGGCACCAUGAAUCGAGUUGUUGCCAGGGGGAGAAUGUUUGCAGAGAACCAUAGAUUCCCGGGGACACAUUUUUUCGGCAAGAACGUCAGGAACGAAUGCUGCGGAGAUGAGGUCCUCGCACACGUGUUGAAGGACUGUGGUGUGAAGGUUCGUGGUUACUGGCCCAUGUUCAACGGUGAAAAGCCAACUACAGUCAAAUUUGGGCCAGAGCAUUGGUGCGAAGCCGUGCUUACCCUCCACAAUAUGGGCGACGGCGACUUCGACGACUUGUGGCGAUGGGAAACGAACCGACAACAGCCUUCCAAGCCCCUCACAUUCGAAGAUCUCUACACCUAUGUUGAGUCAGCGAUAGUAGAUGAAAAGGACGAUUGGAGUAAUAUGUCGGAAGACGUUAUACUGAAAGGAUCGAAGGGCGCCGGAAAAUCCGUGGACGCCUGUAAAGCCGCCUGCGGCAAAGACAAACGGUGCUUCCAGUACGAACACUUUGGCGACACCUGCCGUCUAGCGCACGUCAUCCGCCUAGGACAUGGACAGGCCCCCGAGGGCAAUGCAAAAUGGACUUCGGGUUGGAUGAGAGGCAGGAUUGGCGAAUUCCGAAAGGCAAACUCCCCAUGCUCCGGCGCACACUUCGUCCAUCCUAAUCCAUGAACGCCAUCCUGGUCCCGAUUCGAACGUACGAAAAAGGAGACACUCGUAAAGUAGAAAAGGAGGUUGUUUGCAACAUAUUCUCGCAUGUCACGGCGUUCUAUACCCGACGUUAUCAUGGUUCACGAAUCGUAUGAUACCCCGUAGGAUCUGGGUUGUACAGUAUUGUUUGGGUGUAAUUAAUGGCGUUCAAAGGAGGUGCUAGAGUGGAUGUAAUGUAGAUGGAAUUUUGAAGGACUAAUCACUGAUUGUUAGUUGUGAGCAGUAACGACUGUCAUCGUAAUUGUUGGAUUCUUUUGCGCCAGUGCGAAUUUGAUACAAGAUUUGAACAUCUCUAGCAUUAAUCUUUACAAGCCUCCCAAGAGCUGGUAGGCUAUAUGUAUAGCAUCGAAUAUAUCUGCCAUGUAAUUCCAUCAGGAUGCAUAGUUUUAG